GUUUCGGCCGCUGAAGCAAGCUGCAAGAGUCCCCGCUGUCAUGACUUCGCCUUCUGUCACUCUCGGCAUCGACCUGGGUACGACGUCGGUGAAAGCGGCUCUGGUGCAGGCCGCUCCUGGCGACCCGAAUGGGUUCGUGAUCCUGGCAAGCUGCACUCGAGCUGCGCGUGCCGAGGCUGCAGCCCAGUGCGCGGCGGCUGGGCCCCAGGGGCAGGAGCAGGAUGUGAGUCGGAUUAUUCAAGCCCUAAACGAGUGCUUGGAUGCCCUUCCCCGGCAGCAGCUCCAGAAAGUUCGUGGCAUUGGUGUGUCAGGCCAGAUGCAUGGGAUUAUGUUUUGGAAAACAGGACAAGGCUGUGAAUGGACCAAGAAAGGGGCUAAUCCUGUGUUUGAACCCAGAGAUGUGAGCCACCUGGUCACCUGGCAGGAUGGCCGUUGUAGCAGUGGGUUCCUAGCUUCACUGCCGCAGCCAGAGUCCCAUCUUAGUGUGGCCACGGGGUUUGGCUGUGCAACCAUAUUCUGGCUUUUGAAAAAGAGCCCAGAAUUCCUGAAGUCUUAUGAUGCAGCUGGUACCAUUCAUGACUAUGUGGUUGCCAUGCUGUGUGGCUUGCCAAAACCUCUGAUGUCUGACCAGAAUGCUGCUAGCUGGGGCUAUUUCAACACUCAGAGCCAGAGCUGGAACAUGGAGAUAUUGAGGGCCUCAGGCUUUCCUGUCCACUUGCUCCCUGACAUCGCUGACCCUGGCAGCUUGGCAGGCCAAACUUCCCAAGCCUGGUUUGAAAUCCCUGAGGGGACUCAGGUGGGCGUGGCCCUGGGUGAUCUCCAGGCCUCCGUCUAUUCCUGUAUGACCUGUAGGACAGAUGCAGUUCUCAACAUCAGCACUUCAGUUCAGCUGGCAGCCUCCAUGCCUUUGGGAUUUCAGCCAAUGCAAACUCCAGACCCUGCGGCACCUGUUGCUUAUUUCCCAUACUUUGACAGGACCUAUCUGGCAGUGGCAGCAUCACUCAAUGGGGGCAAUGUGUUGGCCACCUUUGUCCACAUGGUGGUCCAGUGGAUGGCAGAUCUGGGUCUGCAGGCCGAAGAAGCCACUAUAUACUCAUGCAUGAUCCAGGCAGCUGCACAGCAGAGAGAUACCUGCCUAAACAUCAACCCAACAGUGCUGGGUGAGAGGCAUCUGCCCGACCAGCUGGCCUCUGUGACCAGAAUCUCCUCCUCUGACCUCUCCCUGGGGCAUGUGACCCGAGCACUAUGCCGAGGCAUCAUCCAGAACCUGCACUCAAUGCUUCCUUUUCAGCAGCUCAAAGAGUGGGGUGUGGAGCGGGUUAUUGGGAGUGGAAAUGCACUAUCUCAGAAUGAGGUGCUGAAGCAGGAGGUACAGAGAGCUUUCCCCAUCCCAGUGUCCUUUGGGCAGGAUGUAGAUGCAGCUGUGGGGGCAGCUUUGGCCAUGCUCCAGAGAAACCACAAGUAGAAGGAGACUUAGUCAUACAUUCUUUAGUCAAAUAAUUGCUGCAAAUUUUUUUAGGGCACCAUAUGGGAUGCUGGAAAUUGAACCUGAAUUGGCCACAUGCAAAACAAGUGCCCCACCUAUUAUAUACUAUUCUCUGGCUCCAGAUAUUUUUU